CACGACAGACGGGACGCACAUGUACCGCGCAUGCGCUGCUCGCCGCUCUCCUCCUGUGUUGGUCGCCAUGUCUCGAGGAGAAACGCUGAGACUGUUGGUGAAGCAGCGAGUCCACGCGGUCGUUGAAGAGGCUUUUGGGCUGUUGGACACAUUAACAGCAGCUUAUGAGGACUCCGUUUGUGCUCUAAGAGAACAGGAGCGACUCACAUCAGAUGUCCAGCAGCUGUUGGCGAUUAAAGCAGAUUUCCCCCCUGAGUGCCUGGACCUGAACCAGGUCAACACGAAAGAGGACCCGGAGCCCCUCUACGUGAAAGAGGAUCCGGAGCCCCUCUACGUGAAAGAGGAUCCGGAGCCCCUCUACGUGAAAGAGGAUCCGGAGCCCCUCUACGUGAAAGAGGAUCCGGAGCCCCUCUACGUGAAAGAGGAUCCGGAGCCCCUCUACGUGAAAGAGGAGCCGGAGCCCCUCUACGUGAAAGAGGAGCCGGAGCCCCUCUACGUAAAAGAGGAGCCGGAGCCCCUCCAGAUGAAAGAGGAGCCGGAGCCCCUCUACGUGAAAGAGGAGCCGGAGCCCCUCUACGUGAAAGAGGAUCCGGAGCCCCUCCAGAUGAAAGAGGAUCCGGAGCCCCUCUACGUGAAAGAGGAGCCGGAGCCCCUCUACGUGAAAGAGGAGCCGGAGCCCCUCUACGUAAAAGAGGAGCCGGAGCCCCUCCAGAUGAAAGAGGAUCCGGAGCCCCUCUACGUGAAAGAGGAGCCGGAGCCCCUCUACGUGAAAGAGGAGCCGGAGCCCCUCCAGAUGAAAGAGGAGCAGGAGGUCCUCUACAUAAAAGAGGAGCCGGAGCCCCUCUACAUAAAAGAGGAGCCGGAGCCCCUCUACAUAAAAGAGGAGCAGGAGCUCCUCUACAUAAAAGAGGAAAAGGAGCCCCUCUACAUGAAAGAGGAACCGGAGCCCCUCCAGAUGAAAGAGGAGCAGGAGCCCCUCUACAUGAAAGAGGAGCAGGAGCCCCUCCAGAUGAAAGAGGAGCAGGAGCAUCUCUGGACCGGUCUAGAGGGAGAGCAGCUUACGGUGCUGCAGGAGGCCGAUCUCACCAAGAUCUCAUUCACUGUUGUUACUGUGAAGAGUGAAGAUGACAAACCUCAGACCUCACGGCUUCAUCAAAGCCAGACGGAGGACAACAGAGAGGCGGAGCCUCCAGCCGGCAGCUCAGCUACACCGAUAACAACAGAAACUGAUGGAGAGGACUGUGGAGGUUCAGGACCAGUCAGGAACCUAAAUCCACAUCGUCAUUCACAUCCAAAUGCUGAUGAUGAAAAGGCUUCAGAAUCUUCUGAAACUGAAGUCAUUGAUGGUGAUUGGCAAGAACCGUUGUCAGAUUCUGGACCUGAAAGUGGAGACGGGGACAAUUGUAGAAAAAUGUCAACAACCUCUUUCGUUAGAAAGAAAUGUUUUAAAGUGAAGCAAAAGAAAGAAUCACGAGGAGAGAAACCAUUUGGAUGUGAUGUUUGUGGGAAAUGUUUUAAAAGCAAGAUAAGUCUGAAGAUACACAUAAGAGUCCACACAGGAGAGAAACCAUUUGGUUGUGAUGUGUGUGGGAAUAGAUUCACAGUAGAGGGAAAUCUGAAGAUACACAUGAGAAUCCACACAGGAGAGAAACCAUUUGCUUGUAAACUUUGUGGAAUCAGAUUUUCAAGACCUGGAAGUCUGAAGAGCCACACAAGAGUCCACACGGAUGACAGGCCAUUCAGUUGUGAUGUUUGUGGCAACAGAUUUACACUACAGGGGAGUUUGAAGAAACACAUGAGAGUCCACACAGGAGAGAAACCAUUCAGUUGUGAUGUUUGCGGCAACAAAUUUAAAGAACAGGGACGUCUGAAGAUACACUUGAGAGUCCACACAGGAGAGAAACCAUUCAGUUGUGAUGUUUGUGGCAACAGAUUUAUAGAACAGGGGAGUUUGAGGAAACACAUGAGAGUCCACACAGAAGAGAAACCCUUCAGUUGUGAUGUUUGUGGCAACAGAUUUAAAGAACAUGGAAAUCUGAAGAAACAUAUGAGGGUCCACACAGGAGAGAAACCAUUCAGUUGUGAUGUUUGUGGCAACAGAUUUAUGGACAGGAGAAAUCUGAAGAAACACACAAGAGUCCACACAGAGUAGAAUUUGUUUAUUUCAUUUGUGAAAGAUUGAUAAUGAAGUUUGUGUUGUCUUUCUCUUCUGUUUAUUAAAAAAAAUAUGUAAAAUGUUCCCUAUUUAAUUAGUUUGUCAAUGAGAUGGAAGGCAAAGUGUUUUCUGAACAUCUAAAAACAAUGACAACAUACUGUGUGAUGAAAGAAACUAAAAGCUCUGUACAAAUACAUCUGUAUUUAAAAUGCAUGUUUCAUUGUAAUGCUUUUAAAUCUACAUGCAAUUAACUCAUACAAGUCUACUUUGUGCUACUGAAACUUUGGUGACACUUUUUUAAAGCACACCAGUGUACUUUUCGUCCACAAGGUGGCGCAGUGAGACGAUGAGAACAUUGUGUCGUCUCUACUGGACUUUCAGAGCCUUUUAAAAACAAAACUAAGUGAACCCGUAGUUUGGUUGUUGUUGUUGUUGUUGUUGGCGCUGAUGGUCCAAAGCUCCUCCAGAUUUGUUGUUGUCUGGAAACCAAAGGCAAACUGCAAGUCGGGAGCAUUUAGUGUCCAACGUUUAGUUUGUGUGCUGUGGAGUCGAUACGUAUCCAGACAAAGUGAUCCAGUCAACUGAAGUGUUGCAUCGUGUUUUCACAAAGUGCAAACAGGGAGAACUUCAGAGUGCAAUUUUAGAUUUAGACCUUUUUAAAUUCUGUAUAGACUAAACUGAUCUCAGCUGGUUUGUUUUCUUGGUUGGUCCCAUAACUUAGUAUGAUUUCCCAGAAAUUAACUGAAGUGUAACUGUAAACUCUUAUAUUUGUGAAAAUGACUUUCAAUUAAUUAAAUGAAUUUAAUUACUGGUCAAA